AAUUUCCCAAUUUGAGUUCAUAUUCCUAUCCUGCCCUCCAUCCCUCCCAAUAAAACAAUCCAAAACACUGCCAAAAUUCCUAGGGUUUUAGACAAAACCAAAUCUUCCGAUUGAGCGAAAUGGCCUCCGGGACGGGACAAGCAAACGCUAAGAGAAAGCCGGUGUUCGUGAAAGUUGAGGAUUUGAAGCCCGGUACAACUGGGCACACCUUGAUCGUCAAAGUAAUAGAGACGACUCCAGUCAACACUUCCUCGAGGCCCAACAGGUCUCGUGCUCUACUCUCUCGACCUCCUCCUCCUGCCCGAAUCGCUGAGUGCGUUGUCGGAGAUGAGACCGGCACCAUCGUCUUCACUGCACGCAACGAGCAAGUCGAUCUUAUGGAGAAAGGUGCCACUGUGAUUUUACGCAAUGCUAAGAUUGUUAUGUUCAAGCGAACUACGAUGAGGCUAGCAGUAGACAAAUGGGGACGGAUUGAGGUAACCGAACCUGCUAAAUUCGAUGUUAAAGAAGAUAACAUUCUUUCUUUAGUCGAAUAUGAACUUGUUACUGUUCCUGACCAGGGUACGAAUUAGGGGCCGUUAUUAUGAUUGAAUAUAUUUCUUGGAAUUGAAUACUUUUAAAGUAAUCUUUGGGCUUGAUUCUUGGUUUGAUUUUGUGUCAUGAUCAGUCCUUUGAGAUUGCUGUAGUACUUCUUAGUAUUGGACAUAUUUCAUUGUGAAGUUUAUUUAGAUUAUCUUUUGCU